AUGGGUGUCUUUGCUGGGGCCAUGACAGCUGACUACUCGCAGGUGACGUUUCAGCGCUACGCCGCAACAAAAGCGCGCCUUGUGUGCAAGAUCCCAGACUCCAUGGCCUAUAAAGACACCGUGCCCAACGGCAAGAUCGUUGUUAUCUGGGGUGGCAGCUCCAGCAUCGGCACAUCGACCACGUAG